AAAAUGCCACCAGCUGGAGUUACUGAUACUCCCGUUAAGGAUGCUGCUGCUAGUGAAAUUAAGCCAGAUCCGGAUUAUGAAUUUCGCCGUAAAGCUUUGGAUCUAGUUGAAGAUUGGCAAAAGCAUGACAGCGACAGUCAAGAAGACAAAAAGCACCGAGAAGAAACAAUUUUGCCAAAAAUCAAAGAACUUGUGAUUCAUAAUUUGAAUCACAAUGCUGAGAUUGAGGCUUGCGAUAUAUUGAUGGAAAUUGAGAGGAUUGAUCUUCUGAAAGAAAUGGCACAAAAACUGGAACAUUUGGACUAUGAACGAAUUUGCCUUUAUAUUUUGAGCUGUGCUCCUUUCAUUCCUGAUCCAGAGAACAUUACUUUGAUUGAUAUGGCAAGGGAUUUGUAUAUGCACUUUGGGAAGAAUAUUGAAGCUUUACGAUGUGCAAUGAGAACCAACAAUACCAGUGCUAUUGAAAAGAUUUUUGGGUCAACAACUGACGGAGCAAUAAAAAUGCAAAUGUCUUUGAUGCUUGGACGACAACAAAUCUUUCUAGAAGUCGAAGAUCAGCUUCUCUCUCAAUUAAAUGCGAAUUUCUAUUUGAACAAACACUUUUUGGCUUUUGCUCGCGAAUUGGAUUUGAUGACACCAAAAACUCCAGAUGAGGUUUACAAAACUUAUUUGGAGCCAAAUCGUCCGUUUGCUACUCAACAAGUUAAAAAUAUGACUUUGCAAAAUUUGGCUUCUUCCUUUGUUAAUGGUUUUGUUAACGCGGGUUUUGGAACUGACGCGUUUUUCAAAGAUGAGAAGAGCACUAGUGAUUGGUUAGCAAAACACAAAGAAUGGGCCGCUUUUUCUACUGCUGCUACGUUUGGUUUGAUUCACCAUUGGAAUGUGGAUUCACUCAACAACUUUGAAAUUCAUACACAAUCAAAGGAUAUUUAUGUGAAGGCUGGCGCUCUAUUCGCCACGGGUAUCGUCUUUUCGGGCGUCCAAGAUCCUGAAGUCGAUCCUGCCUUUGCCAUCUUGCAAGAUUUUCUAUUCAAUGAACACUUACCUUUACGCGUUGCGUCAAUAUUUGGACUAGGGUUGGCCUAUGCAAAUAGUAAACGCCAAACAGUUAUUGACCAAGAAGAAAGUGUUGUGCAGAGUUUAAGAAAGGUUAUCGCGGAUGAUCAAAUUUUGGCUAAUCAAGCUGAAGUUAAAGGGUUGGCUGCAUUGUCUCUUGGUUUCAUUCUUAUUGGAUCAGGAAGAGAAAAUAGUGAAACUGUCUGUGAAUUGCUAACUUAUUUAAUGAGUGGGGUCGAUUUGAAUGAUGUUAAUAUGAGAUUGGUGGCUCUUGGAAUUGGGCUUAUAUUUUUGGGGAGACAAAAUGAAUGCGAUGAGACAAUACUUGAACCACUUCGUGCACUUUCCGACCCCUUUGGAAAAAUUGCUUCAACAUUGGUAGAUGUUUGUGCUUAUGCUGGAACUGGAAAUGUAUUGAAAGUGCAAGAGAUGUUGCAUAUUUGUUCUGAACAUUACGAGAAGGAGGCGCAGAAAGAGGAGUCUAAAACCAAAGUUCCUUCUGGUGCUCCAUUGCCUGAUAUUACAGCACCUGCGGCCUCUGUACCAACUAAUUCUGCUAAUGGCGAUGCAGAGGAAGGAGAAGCUGCUACCUCCACAAAAUCGCAAACAAAGAGUGAAGAGGCUCCAGAAUGUUUAAGCCAAGCAGUAGCUGUUCUUGGGAUUGCGCUUGUGGCAAUGGGUGAAGAUAUUGGAUCUCAGAUGUGCCUUCGACAGUUUGGACAUUUGUAUCGUUAUGGAGAGCCAGUUAUUAGACGUGCCGUUCCUUUAGCUCUUGCUCUCUUGAGUCCAUCAAAUCCUCAAUUAACUGUUAUUGAAACACUCAGCAAGUAUAGCCACGAUUCUGAUGCAGAAACUGCAAGAAACGCAAUCUUUGCCUUAGGAUUGGUUGGAGCAGGAACGAAUAAUGCAAGAGUAUUGGCUAUGUUAAGACAGUUGGCUAGUUAUCAUUCACGUGAUCAGAAAACAAUGAUUCUUUUACGCAUUGCUCAAGGAUUAAUUCAUUUGGGUAAAGGAACAAUGACUUUAAACCCAUUCCACUCUGAUCGUCAAUUGAUUUGUCCAACUGUUGUUGGAGCAUUGCUUUGCACUUGUUUAGCUUUUAUUGAUUCUGAACAAACCGUACUUAAUGGUCGACAACACUAUUUACUCUUCUCAUUGGUUGCUGCCAUCCAGCCAAGAAUGUUAAUAACGGUCGUGCAAGAUACAAAGGAUGAGAAUGAACUGGUUCAAAAAUCUGUGCAAGUUCGUGUUGGUCAGGCUGUCGAUGUUGUCGCCCAAGCCGGCAAACCGCGUGCAAUUACUGGAUUCCAGACGCACUCAACACCUGUACUAUUAGGCUAUGGUGAGAGGGCUGAACUUGCUGAUGAUGAUUAUAUUCCAUUGACACCUGUUUUGGAAGGAAUCGUAAUUUUGAAGAAAAAGGAGACGGAGGAGGAAAAGAAGAUUAAAAAGUGA